AUGCGGUCCAACGGAAGCUCUCUGUCAACUAUUGUGAAUAUGCCUAAACCAGACCAAUCUGUGAUGGAUAAUAAUGAGAAUAGGCUUCUAAUAGAUGAGAGAAACUACAGCCGUGAUGAACAAAGAGAGAAUUUAGACAAGUGGUUACGUAUGUCGACCGAAGAGCAACAAAGUGUCUACCUAGAAAUUAUUGAAGCUGUGAAUUGUAACAAGGGAGGUAUGUUUUUUGUUCAUGGAUUUGGUGGUACCGGAAAAACAUUCUUGUGGAGUAUUCUUGGCGCUGAUAUUCGAUCUAGGGGUGAUAUUGUUCUUAAUGUUGCAUCGAGUGGUAUAGCUGCUUUACUUAUGGAAGGUGGUAGGACAGCUCAUUCUAGAUUUGGUAUACCCAUCCAUGUGGACGAAUUUACAAUAUGUUCGAUAGAUGGUAAAUCACAUGUUGCCGAGAGUAUGCGAGAUAUUAUGAAGUGUGAUCGGAUUUUUGGAGGUAAAGUUUUUGUUUUAGGGGGUGAUUUUAGACAAAUUUUACCGGUUGUGCCAGAGGCUGGGAGAGUUGGAACAGUUUUAGCCUCUAUAAACUCAUCAUUGCUUUGGGAUAGUUGUAAAGUACUUCGGCUUACACAAAACAUGAGGCUUCGCAAGGCGAAAAAUAGUCAAGAUGCAGAUGCUCUCUCCACAUUUUCAAAAUGGCUACUCGAUAUUGGGGAUGGCAAGAUCAACGAGCCUAACAAUGGUGAGGUAGAAAUAGAAAUACCCGAGGAUUUAUUGAUUGUUGCAUGUGAUAAUCCUAUAGAAGCAAUUGUUAAACAGAUAUACGGUCCAUCAUUUGCAACAAGGACCGAUGCAAAAUUUUUUUGCGAAAGAGCUAUUCUUAGUCCAAGAAAUGAUGAUGUCGAUAAAAUAAAUCAAUAUAUGCUCUCUCAACUUCCAGGGGAAGAAAGACAGUAUUUGAGUUCAGACAGCAUCGAGACUUCCGAUACAAGUGCAUACGACGAUAUGAUCUACACUCAGGAAUUCUUAAACAGUAUUCACGUUUCUGGAUUACCUAACCAUGUUCUGACGCUAAAAAAGGGAGCACCUAUCAUGUUGCUUAGGAAUAUUGAUCCUAAGGGAGGUUUAUGCAAUGGUACGAGAUUGAUUGUCACACAAAUGGCGAAUCAUGUUAUUGAAGCAAGGAUUGUAACAGGUAAAAGAAACGUCAACGACAAAGUUCUUAUCCCUAGGAUGUUUGUGUCGCCACCGGAUGCAAAGUUUCCCUUUCGUAUGAGGCGUCGUCAGUUUCCCGUUGCUCUUGCAUUUGCGAUCACUAUAAACAAAAGCCAAGGACAGACGUUGGAACAUGUUGGAUUGUAUCUACCCAAGCCCGGUGACACUAUUGAAGCUCCUUAUUUGAAUGAUACACUCGCUAACCUCCCGAAAUAUAUAUACGAUGAUGUUUGUGUGUGUAUAAUGGAUGUUGAAGAUAGAAGACGGCCUGGGAGUAUCAUUGAUAUUAAUGAAGUUGUUCUCACAUUGUUUAAUGGCAGGUGUGACACUGUGAAGUGUCGUCUCAAAGACAACUACGCUACUGAAUUCAGGACCAUAUGGCAAUCAAGCGGGUGCCAUCUCAUAUACAAAUCCGAACCUGUAUUCUGUGUAAUGCGGUUUAUGAGGGUUGGAGAAUAUGAAGGUUCACCAUGUCUUGAAAAUACCUUAAACUCUUCGAAGAUCUUCAUAAAACCAGAGUACGAAGGACUGGAGCAUCAUCAGGCUAUGUAA